AUGUUUGCAUUUCAUAAAAGUCUGUGUGUGUGUUUGGAUCUAAAUUCUAUCUAAUCAAUGGAUGACCAUCAAUCAUCAUCAUCAUCGGAUGAUGAUAAUGAAUAUAUUGAACAAGAAGAACCAUUAGAAUUUAAUAUUAAAUGUUUAUUCUGUAAUCAUUAUGCCACUAAUUAUCAGCAAAUGUUCAAUGAACAUAUCCACGAUGAUCAUCAAAUUAAUCUGUUGGAUAUUUGUCGUCGACAACAAAUGGAAACAUUUGAUUUUAUUAAAUUAGUGAAUUAUAUUCGUAAACAACAAACACCAGCAUCAAAUGUUGAAUCAAUAGUUGUCGAUCGAUUAUUCGAUCAUGAUGAAUAUCUAAAACCAACGAUGGAAGAUGAUCAUUUUCUCAUGUUUGAUUAUGAAGGUGAAAUCGUUGAUGACGAUGGUGAUGAUAAUAAUAGGCCGAUGAACAUCAGUGAUGAACAAUUGAAAAAUGUUUGCCAUGAUUUAUCCAAAGAAAAAUUAAUUGAAAUGAUCAUAGAAUUGAAUGGAAAAUUGAAAGAAACCAGAAAUGAUAUGGCAAAAAUUCGAAAUUUAUUCAUCGAUGAACCACAACAAUCGAAUGAUGGUUUGAUUAGUAAUAUUGUAACCAAUUUGGAUGAACAUUCGGAUAGUUCAUAUAUUGAUUCUUAUUCACAUUUUUCCAUACAUCAUACAAUGUUGGCUGAUAAACCACGUACAUUAGCCUAUCAAGAUGCUAUACUGGAAAAUGGCUCCUUAUUUGUUGGCAAAACAGUAUUGGAUAUUGGUUGUGGUACUGGCAUUCUAUCAUUGUUUGCAGCAAAAGCCGGUGCAAAAUUAGUCGUCGCUGUUGAUCAUAGUGAUAUUAUUGUUAAUAAUGCACGUACAAUUAUCAUGGAAAAUGGUUACGAACAAACUAUUCGUAUUGUUCGCGGUAAAUUGGAACGAUUGGAUUUUGAAAAAUUAUCAUUACCAACUCGAUAUGAUAUAAUUAUUUCCGAAUGGAUGGGUUAUUUUCUUCUUUUCGAAGGAAUGCUCGAUACAAUAUUGUAUGCACGUGAUCAUUUGCUGAAGCCACAAGGUGCCUUAUUACCAAGCCGUUGUAAAAUGUUUUUAUCUGCAUUUUUCGAUUGUAAAUUCUAUGAAAAUAAUAUCGAUUUCUGGAACGAUGUUUAUGGUUUCAAUAUGUCAUCAAUGAUUACUGAUGUUACCAAAGAAGCCACUAUUGAUUUAAUAGCACCGGAAAAUAUUUGUACAACAGCAGAAAAAAUUUGUGAUUUUGAUCUGAAUUCAUGUGGAGAAAAUUUUUCCACUACCGACAUUAUUUCAUCAUUUGAAUUUCAUUUCAAAAAUGAUUCCACUAUUCAUGGUUUUGUUGGCUGGUUUGAUUGUUAUUUUGAUUCAAUGACCAAAUUGAUCAUAUUAAGUACAUCACCAUUUGCUGAACCAACACAUUGGAAACAGACAAUAUUUCCAUUGAAAGAACCAAUUAUAGUACAAUCGGGUAAAUCAGUAUGCGGUGAAAUACGUAUUGGAAAACAAAAACAACGGGCAAAUAAUAAUGAUCCACGUGCAUUGGAAAUUUGUUUAUUAUUACAACAACCAAUUCAAUGUAAACUUGUUUAUAAUAUUUGUUGAGUAAGAAAAAAGAAACAAUAAAUAAAUACAUUUUCAAUGAA